AUGCCUAUUAUAAAAGACUUUCCAAUUUGUUUUUGUUUAAGUAAUUCCCGCAAGAUAGUUUGUACUGAGGUGGAGAUGGUCAGCAGACGGGAUUUUGAACUCGUACAUAUUAGAAAUGCUUGCCAUGAGGACGCCGAUAUGUUAGGGUUUUUUGUAACUUUUUUGGUCAAGGACAAGCACUUGUGCUCUAGUAAUUAUAAUAUAUACGAAGUUGUAACUAGCUUGCUGCUAGUAAUACGUCUCUGUGAGAUUCGAACUCACGCUCUUCCAACCAAGGUUGGAAAAACACCUGUCAAGCCAACUAAAAAGUUAACUAUAGACCGAGACGGGGGGAAGAAAUCGAAAGACAAGGGCGAACUUCACUUUUUUAGGCAACGAAGACCUACAAAGCUGUACGGAGAACGAGUAACAUUGUUUCCAGCACAGAGUGAUGACUUAAAGGCGUUCAGUCAAAAACUCAUUGAACAAGCACAUCUUCACGAAAACAGGAUCAGAACACCGAUCACAAGAGAGUGGAGGCUUGAAUAA